AUGUCCUACCCCAAUCUCCAACCGGCUAUGACGCCGCAGAAACCCCUUCCUGGCACUUACUUUCAGACGCCUGCUCCCCCCAGUGUUCCGACUCCGCAACCGCCCUCGCCCAAGCCCGUUGUACCCCCCACAGAUGCAGCUUCGCCCGCCUCACUUCCCAAGCUUCCUCCAGCUGCCUCAAAGUCGAAAACUCAGACCUUGAGUACCGAAGAGCGGGCAGCGCGAACUGUCAACGAUACGCUGGCCCAGGAGGCUCGCUAUCCGGACCUUGAUAGCUAUCUCUCUCAGGGGUUUUCGUCCGACUAUGAUAUUCCCGUCUCCCCGUCAUGGGCCCCCUUCCAGAAGGUCAAGAUGUACAAUAUCCCCGACCAAAUCUUCGACCAGUACAACCUCGCACAGGUAUCGACAAGCAUGGGACUGUUGGCAGAGCUGAACCAUGCAUGGGUUGCCAUUGACAACGCUCUUUACAUUUGGGAUUAUACGCACCCUAAUCCUCAGUUGGUUGGAUUUGAAGACCAGCCGAAUAGUAUCAACUCAGUCAAGCUCGCAAAGCCUCGCCCCGGCGUGUUUUUACCAAGUAUUACCCAUUUGCUGGUUAUUUCAACGACAGCCGAGGUCAUUUUGUUGGGAAUGGGCUGUGAGACUACCGCUGGAGGUGCUCGACAGGUUACAUUAUACCAGACGGGCAUGUCAGCGCCCGUUCGUGGACUGGAUAUUCACGUUAUGGCCUCGUGCAACUCCACUGGUCGGAUAUUUUUCGGCGGUUCUUCCGACAACGAUGUUUAUGAGCUCACAUAUCAACAAGAAGAGAAGUGGUUCCAGGGUCGGUGCUCUAAGGUGAACCAUACUAGCUCGCGCCUGUCCGCCUUUACCCCAACUUUGAGUUUCACGCAAAAGACGUUUGAACAUAUCGAGCAGAUGGAGAUUGACGACUCCCGACGACUUCUCUACACCCUGUCCUCGUCAUCUACCAUUAGAGUAUUCCACCUGAAGCCGGAUGGCACCCUUGCGCUAGCCAUCACAAAGCCCGCUCUCGAUAUCUAUGCCAACGUUGGUCAUAUUAUCGCCUCCCAUGAGGCUUUGAACUCCAAGGUGAAGAUUGUCUCUAUCAGCCCUAUUCCGGCCGCCGAGGCAUCGAGAUACCACUUGAUGGCCACUACUGCGACUGGCUAUCGGAUUUACUUGAGCGCUACAGGCUCUUAUAGCUGGUCACCUGCACCAAAUGGCACAAAUGCUCCUACCAGCAUGCAGGCGCACUACGUGAAGACACCACCCUUUGACAACACCCCCGCAAGUCCGGGAACCACUGGAUUCCAGGGCCCAUCGCGGUUCCAAACAUCGACGGCGGGGAAAGUUCCAAUUCAUUCUCUGGACCCCGCUCGUUUCUCUGCUCGAUACCCCCCCGGCUAUUUCUUUUGCUUUACAUGCAAGGAUACCAUGCAAAAGACUGACACGCUAUUCAUUUCCGCUCCCGACUCGGGCCGUGUUGCGCGUUCGCAAGAGAAUGUCAUCCCUGGCAAGGCCGCGGAGACCGGCAUCUGGCUAUCUCUGAGUAGUAGAGCAGAAGAUGUCGGGCUUAGCUCACCAACAACUCCAGCAACAACGACCCCAGGGGGCUUUGGCAACGAACUUGCUGUUCAGUUUGACAACCCAGCUGCUGAGGUUGCUGUUUUAACCAACACAGGUAUCCAUGUGUUCCGCCGACGGCGUCUUGUUGAUAUCUUUGCUGCCCUAGUUCGCCACGGUGGCAGUGGCGGCGACGAGGGAUUAGAGGGCGAGAUUAAGAACUUCAUUCGCACUUAUGGCCGGAGCGAAACACUCGCAACGGCCCUUGCCGUUGCAUGUGGUCAAGGCGUCGAGGUUUCUACCGACUCGCGCCUUACGAAAAUAAACGACCCUGAAGUUCUGGAGUUCGCUCGCAAGGUUUUCAUUGAAUAUGGCGGUCGACCUACGAUGAACGAAAAUGCUGUCGCGGAUAAUUCCACUCCUGCAAUUGACACUGUCGUUCCCUCACCCCGUCAUGCGGGAAUCGCUCUUUAUAUUUCGAGAUUAAUACGCUCUAUCUGGAAAAAGGAGAUUGCCAAGGUCGGUAGCUCACCUAAUGGAGCACAAACCGUAUCGGCUUCCUUCUCAGUUGCCAAACUGCAGAGUAUUCAAAAGGAUUUGUCUGCUUUACAAGACUUUUUCAAGUCGAACAAGACCUUUAUCGAAGGCUUGAGCGGUCCGGAAGCUUUGGCACGCGUGUCAACGAAACAGGAAGAGACUGCGUUGCAGGCAGAACACAGGGCACUGCACUCACUUGUCCAGCUCGUAUCUCAUACCAUUGAGGGUAUUUCGUUUGUGCUAGUUUUGUUUGAUGAGCGUGUGGAAGAGAUUGUUGCGCUCUUGCCAGAGGACUCCAAGCAGCGCUUCCUGAAACUCACUUUUGAGGAGCUGUUUAGCACCAGCAAAGGCCAUGAUAUCGCAAAGGAAUUGGUCAAGGGAAUUGUAAACCGAAACAUCGCCAAGGGAUCUAAUGUUGAAACAGUCGCCGAUGCCUUGCGCAGGCGAUGUGGUAGUUUCUGCAGCGCUGAAGAUGUGGUCAUUUUCAAGGCACAGGAGCUCUUGAAAAGAGCCACCGAAGCCGGGUUCAACUCCGAACUUGGCCGCAAUCUGCUUAAUGAAAGCUUACACUUGUUCCAGCAGGUGUCCGACAGCCUACCCAUGGAUUAUCUUGUAUCUGCGGUGGAAAGCUAUAUUUCCAACCAGUUCUUUGCUGGCGCCAUCCAACUUGCAUUGAACGCUGCCGCUCGCUCAGACAAGGCGAACAUGGCAUUGUCGUGGAUUGUCGACGGCAGACCAGAACAGGAUUCACGACGAGACUACUUUUACUUCAGGAAGCAAUGCUACGACCUGAUCUUCAAGGUCAUCAUUGCGGUUGAUACACUGGCGGCUCAGGACCCCGGUGUCGUUGAUGGGCAACUAACCAUUAUUUCAAAACGCAAGAACGAGGCUUACGGGAUCAUUUCAGACUCAACUGAUGAGGUGUUCUUGACGAGCUUGUAUGACUGGUAUCUAGAGCAGGGCUGGAACGACCGUUUGCUAAGAACAGAUUCCUCAUUUGUGGUUAUCUAUCUACAACGCAAAUCGACUGAUGACAUUUCGCACGCUGACCUCCUGUCGAGAUACUAUACCCAAUCGCAGCGGUUUUACGAAGCCGCCAAGGUCCAGUUCGAUCUUGCCCGAAGCUCUUUUGUUCUUCCUUUAAGCCGGAGAAUUGAGUACCUUGGUCAAGCGAGAGCCAACGCUUCAACCUUUACGCAGGAUGUAGGGCGGCAAUCCAGGCAGCGGGUGCUACAAGAAAUAUCCGGGUUCAUCGAUGUUGCAAACAUUCAGGAUGAUUUACUUCAACGAUUAAAGGAUGAUCAAAGAAUCGAACCCAACCAGAAAGCGGAAAUUCUUAAGGAGGUGGACGGACCAAUUCUGGAUAUAACUACCAUCUUUAACAAAUACGCCGACCCCGCCAGCUACUACGAUAUUUGCCUGCAGAUCUUCUUUGUUGCUGAUCAUCGCAACCCGGCAGAUAUCCGAGCUACAUGGCAGCACCUGCUCCAGGAUUUGCAUGACGAAAUCGUCGCGCGCGGCUCUCCUCAGCCCUACGAGGCUGUAAUUGAGAAAGUGCGCAGCCUAGGCAGUCGGCUUCGGAUGUCGGAAACUAUCUUCCCGGUCCCGACCCUCCUCCCCAUGCUUGAACGAUAUGCCUUGGAACACCAGCGUGGUGUCGGCCCGCCAACGUGGGUCAUUGACGUGUUCCUCGAUCUAGGCGUUGCGCACGAGACCAUCUACUCGGUCCUCGAAUCAAUGUACUACACGGACGAGGCCCCCUUCCACGGCUCUAACCGCAAGCUCAUUGCCAAGGACCUGCUCUACCUAAUCCAGCACUGGUUCCACGAUACCGUGCGCCUGGGCGGAAUCGUCUUCGGCAGCGACGUGGUCGCGGAGCGCAUCUCAGAAAUGCUUGUUCUUCUCCAGCAAGGCGGGAUCACUUCGGAGCAGAUGCAGGUAGCGCAUGAACUGCGGGCCAGAAUUCAGGAUAUCUUGCGGUGA